CACACACACCCCACAGCAUAUACUCAAAAUCUCAAAAGUUUGGACAGAGAGGAAAGAAGACUGGAAAAGCACAGGGCAGCAACGCGCUUAACUGUCAAGUGUUUAGACCCUAAGAUCCGCAUUAGCUUUCAGAGCUGGCCAUGAACCAACACCGCAGGGGUUUUAUCGCUAAGGUUUUCGCUGUGGGUAAAAGCUUGCUUGACUUCUGAGAUUCCAGAUCUGAGCAACGUGGAGCAGUUGCCUCCUCAAACCUCGCUCUGUCCUGGUCCCACCGCGGUAACUGCGGAGCGCUCCUCCCGGGUGAGCUCUGGACUCCUCUCUCUCCCACCCCGUCUCUCUUCUCUUUCGGCAGCUAGCCAGCCACAGCGCCACACAAGCAGUACACUCUUUUAGAGAAAUCGGUGUCCUCAGGAGGUGAAGAUCGGUGAGUCGUCUCCUGCAGCUGCUAACGCCGCCGGGUCUACGGAACCCCGGCUCCCGAAGGUGCCCGCUCACCGCGCAAACAACCUCCUCUCUGUUCCUGCCGGCUGCGUGUGCGAGGCCAGUUGCUCCAGGGUGCCUGGGGUGCCAGGGUCGGGUCGGGUGACUCCCGGAGUGCGCCUGCCAGCAGGAGGGCCUUGGGCUGGAGGAGGCGCGUCCGGCCCCGCCUCUCCCUAUUCCUCCCCGCAGCCUAGGAGGCCGGGGUAGCCGGAGCUCGUCGGGCCCGGGGCCAGUCCACCAACUCAAGGCGUUCUAGACAGCCAUGCAUCCGGCGGCUGCUCCGGCAGCCGCUCCGCCGCCCAGGUGGCUACUCAUAGCCCUAAGCGCGCUGCUGUUGCUGUGGCCGGCAGCCAGAGCCUGGGAGCUCACGAUCCUGCACACCAACGACGUUCACAGCCGGCUGGAGCAGACCAGCGAGGACUCCACCAAGUGCCUCAACGCCAGUCAGUGCGUGGGCGGCGUGGCGAGGCUCUACACCAAGGUGCAGCAGAUCCGCAAGGAGGAACCCAACGUGCUGCUACUGGAUGCCGGCGACCAGUACCAAGGCACCAUCUGGUUCACCGUUUACAAAGGUCUUGAAGUGUCACACUUCAUGAACACCCUGCGCUAUGAUGCCAUGGCACUGGGAAACCAUGAAUUUGAUAACGGUGUGGAAGGACUGAUUGAUCCCCUCCUCAGAAGGGCCAAAUUUCCAAUUCUGAGCGCAAACAUUAAGGCAAAGGGGUCACUAGAACCCCAGAUAGCCGGAUUGUAUUUGCCAUAUCGAAUUCUUCCUGUCGGUGGUGAGAAAGUGGGGAUUGUUGGCUAUACUUCUAAGGAAACCCCCUUCCUCUCAAAUCCAGGGACAAAUUUGGUCUUUGAAGAUGAAAUCACCGCAUUGCAACCUGAAGUAGAUAAGCUAAAAACUCUAAAUGUGAGCAAAAUCAUUGCACUUGGACACUCUGGUUUUGAAAUGGAUAAACUCAUUGCUCAGAAAGUGAAAGGCGUGGACGUCGUGGUGGGAGGACACUCCAACACCUUUCUUUACACAGGAACUCCACCUUCCAAAGAAACUCCUGCUGGGAACUACCCAUUCAUAGUGACCUCCGAUGAUGGCCGGAAGGUUCCCGUGGUCCAGGCCUACGCUUUUGGCAAAUACCUAGGCUAUCUGAAGGUGGAGUUUGAUAACAAAGGAAAUGUCAUCAGUUCACACGGAAACCCCAUUCUUCUGAACAGCGGCAUCCCUGAAGAUCCAGUCAUCAAAGCUGACAUUAACCACUGGAGGGUAAAGUUAGAUAAUUAUUCUACCCAGGAACUAGGGCGAACAAUCGUCUACCUGGAUGGUUCCACUCAGACAUGCCGGUUCAGAGAAUGCAACAUGGGCAACCUGAUCUGUGAUGCUAUGAUUAACAACAACCUCAGACACCCGGAUGAAAUGUUCUGGAACCAUGUGUCCAUGUGCAUUUUAAAUGGAGGUGGCAUCCGGUCCCCCAUUGAAGAGAAGAACAAUGGCACAAUCACCUGGGAGAACCUGGCUGCUGUGCUGCCCUUUGGAGGAACAUUUGACCUGGUCCAAAUAAAAGGUUCCACCCUGAAGAAGGCUUUUGAACACAGCGUGCAUCGCUACGGCCAGUCCACUGGGGAGUUCCUGCAAGUGGGUGGAAUCCAUGUGGUGUAUGAUCUUACCCGAAAACCCUGGGACAGAGUGGUACAAUUAGAUGUUCUUUGCACCAUGUGUCGAGUGCCCAGUUAUGAGCCUCUGAAAUUGGAUAAAGUGUAUAAAGUGAUCCUCCCGAGCUACCUGGUCAAUGGUGGAGAUGGAUUCCAGAUGAUAAAAGAUGAAUUAUUAAAGCAUGACUCUGGUGACCAAGAUAUCAGCGUGGUUUCUGAAUAUAUCUCAAAAAUGAAAGUAGUUUACCCGGCAGUUGAAGGGCGGAUCAAGUUCUCUGCAGGAAGCCUUUACCAGGGAAGCUUUCCUUUAGUACUUCUUUCGUUUUGCGCAGCAAUCCUUGCUUUGUACCAGUAACGGAAAGCUCCUUGUCCUUGAUAUCAAACUACAUUUUUCUUCCAGUGAUAUUCAAAUCUGGCUCUUACCAUCCUCAAGGCUCCUAGCUGACCCUCAGCACUUUGCUAGGAAGAGACUAUAACUAUGGCAUCACUUGUCAAGGCCAGCAACUCAGUGAGCAGAUAGAAAGUCAAAGUGAAGCAACUGGGUCCUUUUUGGGAGUGGGGGAAGAAAACAACUAGAUGUAAUUUACAUAUCCACAUAACGCAUUGUGUUAUCUUUGAACCACAAAAAUAAUUCUCCACUUUCUAUUUAUUUAUAAUCCAUCAAACAACUGAUGUUUACAUAGAACUUUGUCAUUGCCAGCUGUGGUGGCCCAUGCCUGUAGUCACAGCACUUGGGAGGGAGAAGAGGAUGGGGCUGCCAAGUUCCAGGCCAGCCUAACCUCCACAGAGUUUCAGGCCAGUCAGUUAGGAGGCAAGGCUCUCACAAACAGAAAACAUUAUAAUUUACAUGGAGAUUUUUGUAGAUAAGCAAAUGUUGUUUCCUUUGAUAUGUAAGCAGGAAGGGUUGGUGCAUUCAAGGCUAUGUAUCCCCCAAAUGAUGUAUCUAAAACCUGUACCUAGGUCUUUUGACCUCAAAGUCAAUACUCUCUCCUACAUCAAGACUCCUCUCUUCCUGGCAAUGGCCCCAGAUGACAAAUCUCUGGUUUAUUUCUGCCCGCCACACUAUCCUUUCUUUCGGGUUCCUAUUGUCUACAAAUUUUGAAAGACUGGACACUGGACAGGAUCCUGUCUCACAACACCAAUGUGCCUUUGACAAGUCACUGUAUAAAGCAAGUAACAGGUUAGUUCAGGGACUGUAAAAGGCAGUCAGUCAAGGGGUAGGAGAGAAAGGGAGGGGAGGACAUGAGCAGGACUGGUGCAUUACAGAAGAGAGGAUGGGCAUUUGGAUGUGUUUCAUAAACACUGACAACGGAGCAGAAGCCCUGCCUCUCUCUCCUUCCUUCUUCCUCACUUGGAGGUGUCAUGAGAGAACUUUCUAAAACAAACUGUAAUUUUAAACCUGAACCCAUCUUGCCCAAGAUGCCAAUACAGCUCUCAUUCCAGUCAUACCAAGUACACCAUGGAAAACUCCAGCAUUCUGGAAGGCAACAGUGAUCUUAAGAAGUGGUACAAACAUUUGAAGUCACUGAGACCCAAACCCCAAGCAACCACUAUAUGGCACACUCAAGUCCAGAUACAAGAGUACCAACAGUGAGCCCUAAGGGAUGCCAAAGAGAUACCCAGACUGAUGAAAUAAUCUAUGCCCACAGAACACCUGACUAAGAUGGUCCUGUGACCAAGUGAGUAUGGCCAGCAAUGCAUCAGUAAUCAAGAAACGGGAGCCUUCGCUUAACCACGAAACAACAGCUAGAUGUUUGGACAGGAAACGUUUCCUAGUGUUUACAAAUAAGUACUUUUGACACAAAACAUUUUAAAAUUUCAGUCCUUUUAUGAAGUCUGUUGCAAUAAAACAUUGUCUUCAGCUCUGUGAAUGUACAAGUUAUAAACAGAAAUGUCAAAAAGUAUGUAAAAAAUAAAGGUGCAUUUGAGGUAUAUGUUUAUGUUUGGCCAGUAAAUGAGGAAAAAUCUUAUUACAGCAUAAUUUUUUAAGUAAUAUUUUGUAAUUUUUCUGAAUAUGUGUGUGUGUGUAUAUAUAUAUUUAUAUAUAUACAUAUAUAUGUUUUGUGCCACAGUGUUGAGAAACGACUUGAACUACUUAUUAUAAACUCCAAACAAUA